AUGGCGCUCAUCAGCUGGGCGGCGGAGCGCGCAUGUGCGCUACUUCACGCUGUGGGACUGGCACCCUCCGUCCCCGAACCCUACGCAGACCGCCUCGCCAAGUUGGAUCCGGCAACAAGCAGUCUGGACAACGAGAUCUACGACUCGCACACGUUCGACUGGUCUCGCAGCGGGCUUGCUCUGCUCAACCCUGUGCGCGUCAACUACUUUCUAGACAAGCUCCACCGUCUGGUCUCCACGCUGGACCCGGCACAAUCGCACACCAUCACCAUCCUCGAUCUUGGGUGUGGGUCCGGGAUUGCGGUGGAGGCUAUACACGAUGCUAUUGCGCAUUCUCACACGCGCGUCACUGCGGACGGCAUCGUUGAUGGCAACAUCACCUACAAGCUCCUUGGGAUCGACAUGUCGUCUCGGUCGAUCGAGCUUGGUCGUCAGCGGGCGGCUUCGGGCGGGAUGAGCAUCGAGUACGUGGUGGGUGACAUCUACGCCCUACCCUUCCCUUCCGCCUCUAUCGACGCCAUGAUCUGCUCCGAUGUGCUCGAGCACCUCUUCGACCUGCGCAGCGCAUUCUCCCACAUCGCACGCGUGCUCAAACCCAACGCCAUCUUUUCCUUCGACACGAUCAACCGCACACCCACCUCGUUCUACCUCACCAUCUGGAUCCUCCAGCAAAUCUUGCGCGCCAUGCAGGGCGACGCCCACGACCACCGUCUCUACGUAACCCCCCAAGAGGCCCAUACUCUCAUGCGCGACUCAAAGCUCAUCCCAGGCCCACAAACCGACUUGGUCGGAAUGCGUCCCCGCAUCCAACUUCCCCCCGUCGCCAUCUACAAGCUCAUCACAGGCGCAGGCUUCAUCUCCUCGUGCCUCACCACCUUCACCCAAACCUCGGACCUCUCCAUCUCGUACCUCCACUGGUGCUCCAAACCUGCUCCCCCGUGA